AUGGAGCGCCCUCAGUUUUGUCGGCCAGAACUCCUAAAGCUUGCCUAUCGGAAGAUUGGCCAGUACCAGAGAAUUCAGCAACCCAAAAGGAAAAGUGGCUCAUUCAAAGGGAAGGGGAUAGAGAGAUGGCAAAGAGCUGUGUCUAGCCACUUAGCCAAGCAGAACGUGUUGGUCCCCAAAGAGGAAUCACUGAAUGAAAGUGAUGUGGUGUUUCAUGAAGGCAGAAGCAACCGAAAGAGAAAUCUGGUGAAGAAGAUGAAGAGCGCUGUUGGGAAGAUGCUGUCUUGCAAAUGUGGAAGCCAGUCAGCCAAUGUUGGCAGGGAGAGCUUUGUGGAGCGGAAGGAAGCAGUCCCUCCCAACACCCAGGGCCUGCUGCCUAGACUUGUGAAGGACCUUCCAUCUCCCAGGUUAUUUACCAAGCCGAGGAUGAGGAAGCUCUCACAGACUGCAACUAUACAGCUUGAUGUUGUAGAAGCAGAGACAGAAGAGGUGACUGGAGGAAAUGGGCUUCUCCGAGCCAAGAGAACCACCAAGAGAUUAUCUGUGACGUCACUUCCUUCAGGGCUGCAGAAGGCACCAUACUCAUCAAAAAAGAGACCACACUUCCCAGCACUAAAGAAGAAGCAGAGCAUGCAAGCCAUCCUCCGGAAAUCAGAGCUGACUGUAGGCGAGCUGCAAAUGCAGGUGGACGACCUCAUAGAAACAGUGACUGACAAAUCCAUGAAGCUUUUGGAACAAAGACACGCUGAGCUUAAGCAGUGUGAGUCUCUAGGGGCUGAGAUCCUUCAGUCUUCCAAGCAGUUCCAAAGGCUUUCCAAGAGAACCACGAGGAAGUAUAAGCUGCGAAGCGCAUGCUUUCCCUGCACCUGCUGCUGCUGCUGCUGAGUUCCUAGUACACAGCCCAGCC